GGAUGAGGCCCAGCCCUCUGCCUUCCCUCCCUGCCCCCAAGUAUAAGAGCUGAGCUCAGGUGAGCUGACUCCUAGCGUCCGGUCCCAGCAGCUGCCAGCAGUCUUCCUCCUUCCAGGCAGAUCAUGAGCCAUCGGCUCCUCUGAGGCCUGCUGUGGGACAACAGCGCUGUCACCGGGACGAGUACACCGGUCACCAUGGGGCAGUGUCGGUCAGCCAAUGCUGAGGAUGCCCAGGAAUUCAGUGACGUGGAGAGGGCCAUUGAGACCCUCAUCAAGAACUUCCACCAGUACUCUGUGGAGGGUGGCAAGGAGACGCUGACCCCCUCCGAGCUACGGGACCUGGUCAGCCAGCAGCUGCCCCACCUCAUGCCGAGCAAUUGCGGCCUCGAAGAGAAAAUCGCCAACUUGGGCAGCUGUAACGACUCUAAACUGGAGUUUGGGAGUUUCUGGGAGCUGAUUGGAGAAGCAGCCAGGAGCGUGAAGCUGGAGAGCCCUGUCCGGGGGAGUUGAAAACCUUCUUCUGGAAUUCUUGGGGGGAUGCUGGGGAAAGGGGACCUUAGAGACCGUGGGCCUAGAAACGCCUCUCCACCACCACCACCACCACCACCACCACCACCACCACCACACUAUUCCCCAGUCUGCACCUGCCUCGCCUCUGCAAGGUUCAAGUCCUUAGUGAGCCUUCCCAGGGGUCUCUGUGUACUUCAUCCUUGGGAGCUCCGUGGAACUCCAUGAGUCCCCACCAGAGGGAGGCUCAGGGGAUGGGUUGGGCCCAGGGAUGGAUGUGGCAAGAUGCUGGAGGGAUAAGGAUGGGCUAAGGGCCAAGUAAUUUGGUUGCGGGGAAGGUCAAAGAGGAACUGGGCUACUGGAUAUGAUUUGAAGAAGAGGGCGGGGAAUGGGGCUGGAUAUUUGGUACUAAAAAGAGUCUCUGAGAACCUAGCCUUCCUUAUCUCUUCCCCAACCCAAAUGAUAACUUCUGUCCAGUGCUACGCCUUCCUUCUUCCAGCUCUGCCCCAGCCUCUUUCCAGGACUCUGUCCCUGGGCUAGGGCAGGGGAAGAGAGAGAGCAGGCUGGAGAGGGGAGGCUGAGGAGGGGGUGACUUUGGGAGAGGACCAGCUGGGUGCUUGGGCAUUUAAAGAAUGAUGGUUGUUUUGUAACAUGUGAUUAAUAAAAAAAACGGAAAAAGUGAAA